AAAUUUGUUUUGUUUUUGUUUAUUUUUUGUCUCAUGUAGAUAUUAUGGUUUUACUGUUCUGAAAUGUUUGUUUUGAUAUGUUUCCCUCUCAGAAAGGCUAAGUUGCUAUUUUUCAACAAAACAGAAGAUGACAUAUUAUGGAGAGACCAAAUUGUGGACCUGAGUUUGACAAAUGAGCGGUAAGGAAUAAUGAAAAUGAACUCAUAUGGCUAAGUUAGUUUCCUCUUGAUGUUAUUUUUAUUUAUUUCGCCUUUCUUUCAUAGUUAAUAUAUACAAUCACCAAUACCUGCUGUAACUGCAGUUUCGAACAGUAUUGGAAAGUGGUUCACUAAAUAAUUUCCUAUAUGUCAGUCACUGCUUUUCCCACAAACACACACUCAGCACUACUUUUGUACUUCCCUGCAGUGCCCAUCUUCCAAGGCAAAUCACUUUUGCUCAAAUAUUUGAAAUAAUGGAGUUACGAUACACAGAAUCUUGUAAGCUUUGAGUAUGAAUACAGUGAUAUGGCACUCCUGGCACCAAAACCACAAAGGUGCACUAUAGUGGUUAUGUUAAUGGUAGUGACUCUUCAGGGUUGAUUAUGGUUAAUAAAUAUUGGUUAGGGUUAGGUAAGGUGAGCUAGGAUUUGCAUUAGGUAGGAGUUGGCUAAGGUUGCACUUAGAAAAUGUUAGGAUUACAAGCAGCAUGGAAAUUGGCUGGUACGGGUUUAUUGACUAAAGUGAGAAAUGCUAUGUGGGGAUUAAAAGUGGAUUUCUAACUUUAGACUAGAACAAUAACAUUAAAAGCAUUGAAUUUUUCCAAUUUAACUGUUUUGGCAUUACAUUUGAAAUUUACUUUAAACUCAUGUUGAAUCCAUGACUGUUCUUACUUUAGUAAAUAACAUUGAGAUCAUGUUAUGCCAACAAGUAACAUUUUUGGGAAGCAAGCAAAGAAGCAUGGCAAAAUUAGGAUGUCUGUAAUUUGAUUCUAGCAAAGAAUGAAAACAUUUCAAAAAUAAAUAAGCGACGGUGUAUAUCUUAGCUAGGAGAUACGUAAAGUUGCUUAGAGGGAUAUCUCCAGAAGAAAGGGUCUAACCUUAAUUGUAUGUAGAAAGAUAACAAAUUCAAAGUAAAGAGGACCAAACGGAGAAUACUUUAAUUUAAAUAAAUUAUGUAAACUAUGUAAACUAUCAGAUAUUAUUUUGUUCUUAUGCUUCCAAGUGUUGGUGUGUGUAAGGAAACCAAGUAUAUUUAAACCUCAUUCGGUAGUUUCCUCCCGAACCGCCAGAGCCUUAGUAAUUAUAGCUCUCUGUUAGGUAGAUAAAGUAGACGAACCAUAUAGUAAUUCCAAUAGCUUCACAAGAUUCCCUUAGUGAAACACACGAAUCCCCAAACAUCAGCCAAAGUCAAGAAGAAGGGUACAAAAUGAACUAACUUUUAAUGGGUGCACACCACUUUUAUGCAAGUCCCCAUGCAAGGGGACAUCCCUCAGGGAGGGACAAACAUUAACCAAUCACGUACUGUAAAAACAUAACACACACCCACAGUUCACUCCCCUAGCUCUGGAGAUAAUUAAGUCUGAUAAAAUAAUAACUUAAUUAUCUCUAGGCAGAAAAAUCACAUUUUCCCCAAUAAUUGGGACACCCCUUUAUACUUGGAGUAUCCCCACAAAUAACAUGUCCCCUGAUAGAUCUACAAGAUACUCACAAUAGCGAAUAUAUGAGCAUCCACUGGAAAACUAAUAACCAAGAAAAUAUUUAAUGUAAAUAAAUACUAUAGAAGAUAAUAGAUGGAAAUACAUGCAAUAUAAGGAUAAAUAUAGAAGUACUAACAGAAGAUCAGACGGAAAAGAAAUAAAUGCCAAAUGGCUUGCCUCCCUUCCUAAUGUCUCCAAAAUAAUCACUAAAAUUCAUAGACUUAGAUUUUAAUAUAAUCCUUAAUAGGUCAAUGUUUGCGACUAGUAUCAGCUAUAAACAAAAAUGAUGAGAGACUUUAGGGACUUGCUUAUACCCAGUGGGGUUCAAAAUUGCUCAAAGUAAUAUGAAUAUAAUGAUAAAUUACACCACUUGUUAGUGGUAUAAAGAUAUAAAUAGCCUUAAUAGGAAAGAUUGAAUAAAUUAGAGUUGAGCAAAAUAACAGGCUAUAUGAAAAGUGAUGAUAACACACCAUUGAAAAGAUAGCUAACAGGGAUAAAUAGUAGUCAAUUCUAUAAAGGAUUAUUGAAAGAACGGCAUCCCUACAUAGCUAAAUUCUGGAUACUUAGUAAACAAAUUAAUCCAAUAGGUAGUAUCAAAAAAGCGAUAUUAGUGUAACUAAACGCUGUAUAUUAUGUAAUCCAAUAGAUAAAAUGUAUCCAAACAAGCCUUAGGUUAUAAACUCCACUUAUAUAGGGUGUAAGGCAAUAACAGAGGUAAAAGGAAAGGUGAUAGAGUGUUGGUUGCCUGCACAUUGUGAUAGAGUGCCCUGUGAAGUGAGAAAGUGAGGGGAAAGAUCCAUCAAAACCUGCCAGGGGUCGCGUAACUAGUUAGCACGGAAACCUCACCCGGCCUGGACACAGAAAGGAUUGAUAGCUCCUUCUUGAUUCUGUGGGUGGUGGUGCAUGGCCGUUCUUAGUUGGUUGAACGAUUUGUCUGGUUAAUUCCGAUAAUGAACGAGACUCCUCCAUGCUAACUAGUUAAAGUGCAGGGCUUUAACGCUGAUGACAGACCGUAAUGUACUAAAAGUACCAGCAGGGGUUAAAUCCAUAAUUUAGGAGAGGUUAUAUAGAGUGCAUCACUGAAAGCUUCACUUGCUCCUCCUGCAAGGUAUUUCAUAUUCUCUGUGUAAGAAUAUGUUAUCCCUUCCACUUCCACUUCCUUUUCAGCAUCACACAUAGAUAUUGGCGGAGUUAGGACAGCACUGAACUUUAAACCCUCUAUAACUGUUCCCACAGCUAUGCUUUUAAGCAUAGGACGCUGACUGGAUUACAGUGGACACAGGCGGCCAAGUAACGCUUAUUUAUUUAUCUCUUAGCCACCAGCCUAUUUAAGCUCAAAAAGGCACAUUAUGAGUACUGAAAACAGGCGCACCCUUGUAGACUGGUGCCUUCUCUGCCUAAUGUAAAAUCCAACUCUGUUGUCAACAGUAUUAAAAGAAGAAAGAUCCAGCAGAAUUAAUAAAGAGUACUGACCUUUAGAUUUGUCAGAAAUUGUUAUUAGUCGCUUAAGUAGGGUCAGUAUCAGUAGAGUGGAGGAAGUGGAAGCCAGAUUGAAGACAAGAAGGGAGUUAGUAUUAAAAAAGUGAUUUAGAAGUGUGAUACAGUUUAACAUUGUGUUUGGCAGAAUCUAAAAAGCUUUUAGGGGUUAAAUUAUCUCUAACUGCAACAGAAUCAAAGUUUCUAAACAUUUGCAAAUAAAUAUUCAUAUCUCUGUAUAUCAGGUUAUUCAGUCUGGGUGACAUCCUGAGGCAGGAGAUCUGUGGGAAAUGUCUGUUUGUCAGUUUCUUAAAGGAAAUACUCGUUUUCCUGGCACUAUAGUGCCCUGAGGGUGCCCUCACCCUCAGGGUCCCACUCCCGCCCGGCUCUGGAAGGGGGAAAGGGGUUAAAACGUACCUUUUUCCAGCGCUGGGCGGAGAGCUCUCCUCCUCCGAUCCUCCUCUUCUCCUCCCCGUUGGCUGAAUGCGCACGCGCGGCAAGAGCUGCGCACGCAUUCAGCCGGUCACAUAGGAAAGCAUUAUCAAUGCUUUCCUAUGGACGCUGGCGUGCUCUCACUGUGAAAAUCACAGUGAGAAGCACGCAAGCGCCUCUAGUGGCUGUCAAUGAGACAGCCACUAGAGGAUUAGGGGGAAGGCUUAACCCAUUCAUAAACAUAACAGUUUCUCUGAAACUGCUAUGUUUAUGAAAAAAUGGGUUAACCCUAGCUGGACCAGGCACCCAGACCACUUCAUUAAGCUGAAGUGGUCUGGGUGCCUAGAGUGGUCCUUUAAGAGAACAGGUCAUUAAGGAGGCCGUUGAGGACAAUUUGUAUUUGUACCUUAAUAUGUCCAUGAUCCAUAGUUAAAUAAAGGAACACUAUAAUGUCAGGAACACAAACGUGUAUUACUGACACAAUAGUGGUAAAAAUAACUAUUUAGGAUCCGGCCCCUCUCUCUUUACUUUAAAAAGAUGAUUUUACUCCCUGUGAGCAACUCUAUGAGGAGCUGCUGAUUAGCACAGCAUCUAUGAAAAGUGUAGAAACAUGCAGUGUUUAGAUUUAAAAAACCUAGAGGGAUAGGCUAUAGACACCAGAACAACUACAUUUAGCUGUAGUUCUGGUGACUACAGCUAAAUGCCAAGUAAUGCCUGGAAAGCCAUUUUUAAUAAAAAUGUGUGAGCUAGAAAGCCAAAAGAAAACUUGUGGUACAUCCAGGCGAAUGAAUACCUGUUUUGUAACUUAAAUGAACACUCUAUCAAGAAUAAAAUAACAGAGGGGGUUUGUCGAAGAUUCCACAAGACUUGGACAUCAUUCGUAGAUAAUUUCACAUUAAAUGUUAAAAGCAUGUGAGAAGGUGCUGUUAUCCAUCAGAUUAAAAUGUAAUGAAAAUAACCUCAAUAGUAACAGUGCUUGAAAUAAAGAAGUUGUUUGCUUUUUAAAAUGCACAUAUCAUAUAAGAAACAGUUUUUUUAAUAUUGUCAUGGGAUUACUAAAUGACAAAUUACCAUUACCUGAAAUGUCCUCAAACUGCUAAGCUGCCAUGAAAAUGUGUUGCAUCUUCAAAACUGUGAUCAAACGUUUUUUUGUUUUGGUUUUGGUUUUUCUUUCUCAGAUUUGAAAUUCAGUUUAUCCUUUCUGAGCCCAGUGCAAAAUGGAAAGGAUGCAAAGGACGCAUAUCAUUACCUUUUCUGUCAGAGACCAUUACAAGAAGUGAGAGGGAAUCAAAAGUGCUAAUUUGCAUUUGUGGCCCAAAUGGAUUUGUUGACCAAGGGAUAAGGUAAGAAAUAAAAAAAAAGAGUGUCUCUAAGUUUGGUUCCAAUCGUUCCCAUGACUAAGAAUAAGAAUAAGUUAAGAAAAGGGCAUAUGCCCCGAGUUUUAAGAAGAUAGACAUGUGACACAGACAUAAGGAAGACUCCAAGAGUCAUGGACAAGUGAAAAAUUGAAAUCCUCAAAUAGAGGAUAAUAGAGUCCCUUAAUACAUUAAUAACAAGUGUCAAAUGCAAAUGUUAUGAAUAAACUUGUACAGACUGGUGAAAAUAAAAAUUAGGAGUAACAAACAAUUACCCACAUUAAUUUAAGUCUUAAGGCUCGAUUUUGUAUUAACCCUUACCAACUAUUCAGUAAGUCCCAUCCAGGAGUACAUUCUUCGUUAUUUAUUACAUUAGGGGUAUCUCAACUGAACUGUAAUAAUCUAUACUGAACAUGGGAGUCGCAAAUCCCCUACAGCAAAAUACAGCAUAAUAUCUGGUAAUCUCCGGUAUUAUCAGUGAAUGAUAAACUGUUUAAAUACAGAUAUAUAGUUUGGGAAUCACAAUUUGUCAGCAACUAUGUUUCUCUAUGUGAAAACCAAUAAAGUGAAGCACUGUAAAAGAAAGGUACAUUAUUUCUUAUUUUGCUUUAAUGCAUUAAGGUGGCUCAUUCAAAGUUAAAAGGGUAAUCCAGACGUGGACCCUGUGCUCACUAUGCCUUGAAGGGUAUCGGCUACACCUUACUGACGAGGCCCAAAAGAAGGCCGAAACGAUCAUCUGGGGUUGUCUCUCGUGCAGAGGAAUCUUGCUGGCAUUUCGAAUCUGGACUGCCCGUACGGGUGGGACCAGUCUGAUAUGCUUCAUAUAUGUUCUCUCUGUAAUGGAACAAGUUAGCAAAAACUAUUUUGAGACCUGAGUGGGGAUGUACCAAAGGGCAAGCUAUUGAGUUUACUCUAAGCUUUUGUCCGUUCUCAGAGCUCUCAUUCUUUCUUGUUUUACGUUUUAAGAUAUAUUCUUCUUAUGGGCUUGGCAUAUAAAAAAAUAAAACAAAAAAUGGAAAAUAAAAUAGUGUAAUAUUUUUAGUUCAGAGCUAAUGUGUUUUACACCCCACCUCCUAUAGAUUGUAAGCUCGUUUGAGGAGAGUCCUCUUCAACAUAUCAUUCCUGUAAGUUUUCUUGUAAUUUCCUAUUUAUAGUUAAAUCACCCCUCUCAUAAUAUUGUGAAGCGCUGCGGAAUCUGUUGGCGCUAUAUAAAUGUCACUAAUAAUAAUUAAAACACAUGUAAUGCACUCACAUGAAAAGAGACCUUUAGUAGACCUGUGCCCAAGUGUUCAAACAAGUAAUGUUUAAAAGUCAACCUUCUUUUUGAUGUACAUUUCUAUCUUCACAAUGUGGUGUUAGGUAUACAUAGGAAAAGAAAAUGCAUAUACUGUGGGAAAAAUACAUGCUGAAUAUAUAUAUAUAUAUAUAUAUAUAUAAGUAACACGUACCACCUACAGAGCCUUUGACCCCUUGCUCUGAGGUAUGUAGAUAAUGUGGCAAUAUGGGAGAUACCACUCAUAAGCAACAGCAAAGUGAUGUAGAAGCCAGAUGGAAAAUGUAAAGCGAUUUAUUAAAACAAGUUAUUUAUGAAAACUCCUUAAUCCGGCACUUGGGAAAACUCCUUAUUGAGACAUUAAAGCUCAAAGAGAUUAAAGUUUUUCAAUCAGUAUGCCGCUGAACAUUGAAGACACUGGAUUAAUUUCCUGAUUAGUCUACGUGUUCCCUCAUCCGUCUAAUCAAGGUGGAGUCUUUCCACACACCUCGAGUCUAUCAAAUGAAUGUGAAGAAACCUCACUGAGGCAUGUGAGAAUCUUGGACGGCUUGUCCAUCCUCAUGAGGGAAGGUGCUUAAUUUCCAUUGCAGUUUUUACUUUGUACUUAGGCCACAAAAAUGACUUUGCUGUAUGAAUGAAACUGAAAUGGCUACAUGUCACAAGCAUUUUAUACAGUGUCUUAAGUCCCAUUCCAUAACAUAAAAAACAGGAGAAAGAAUUUAAAAAAGGAUUUUUAAAGUAAGUCCGCACAAUAAUACGAAAUAACAAUUUGACAAACACACUUGUAUUGACAUAUUAAGAAUUUUUUAAAGAAGUCAUUAAAAGAGGCUUCAACACAUAAAUGCAUUAAUGCCAUUUAAAGGGUCAGUAUGGAUAUAUAUGCUGCUAUAGGAUGUAUUCAAAAACAAAUUGUACCAUUUAAAAAAAUAUAUAUAAAAACCAUAUACAUAAUCUAGAACUCCAAAAUGCGCACAUUUAUCUGUAAGUCAAUGUGGUUCAUUGAAGCUUCAAAGGCAUGCAGAUGCUCCUCUACAAAACUCAGAGGGUCUGUCGAUAAUGCCUAGUUAUUGUGUACACUGGCUUGGCAAGAAGGUGGACAGCCAUGACAACAUGCCUAUCCUAGCACUGUUAAACGUUGACCUUUUCAUUUAUCCUAUUGACCUCACUAUUUAACCUUUAGGAUGGCAGUCAUAAUUUUAUAAAACUAUGCGAGAUCUCAUGCCACAGUUUAUUUUAUUUUAUUUUAAGUAUAUUACUUGACUCGCUAAUGCAUGCUGUCAUACAAAACCCAGAGAGCCUGCCUAUAAUGUCUAAUUAAUGCAUACACUGGCCUAGCAAGAAUGUGAACAACUGUAAUAACAUGCCUAACCUAGCACUGUUAAGCGUUAACCUCUUCAUUUCAUUUUAUUUCAAAAUCAUUACUGUUUAGCCUAUCGGAUGACUGUUAUAACUAUAUGAAAUGUGCAAGAUUUCAUGCCACUGUUUAAUUUAAGUACAUUUUCAGACACGCCGUUAUUACGAUGUAUAACGUGCACAACAAAAAUAAAGAAUUGAAAAAAAAAAAAACAUAUACAUAAUUUGUAUGUCAAAAAAUUGAAUAAUAACCAAUUUAUACUAAUCCCUUAAAAGUGUCAGACUUUAGGUUGACCAGAUGGCAGGUUAAGGAAUGAUUAGGGAUGAAAGGUGCAGUAAAAUGUUUUGUGGGCCUGCUUAGAUAAUUAGAUUUAGUGUAUGAGAGGCUGAAAUUGUGGUAAAGGAACACACCAAUUAAGGAAAACAUAUAUACAUAUAUAUUUUUUUUAUCGGAGUUGUUCUCAAGCUCUUUAGACCACACACAUAAACAAUGCUUCUCAUAGAGUAUUCAAAAGCAAGUGAGGCAGUCUGCUGGGAUAUGUUAAUAAGGACAGUUGUAAAAGUGAUAAUUUGUAAUUCGUUCUUCAUUCGUUCAUUUAGUUUAUUACAAGGAGAGAGCUAACAGCUUGAUGUUCCUUCCUUGUAAUAUUUAAAAAUAAAAGCAGCUGCGAGCUGUGCUCCUUGUCACUUCCUAAACCCCCCUAUGCUCCCCUUCAAUAUGACCCCCAUGUUUGUAUAAGAGUAGUUAAAUUCUCCCUCCUGCAUCUAUUCCCUGUGCCACAAGGGGCAUGUCUGCUAAACAGCGAGUCACCAGUGGCUGCUCACUGUUGUAAAAAAAGCGCCACAAUCCAAUAAAUUGCCCCUAUGGUGGAUCAUGUAUUAGAAUAGUUAACAAGUGGGGACAUAGUGUCCCGCGAAUGAGGGCUGUUAAACUAAACAGGGAAACAAGGCUCCACCCAUUGGUGGCAGAUGGGGACCCUAAAUGUUAAUGGGAGACCUAUUCCCCAACAGCUGUACCCCGACUCCAAACAGCCGUUUUGGAAUGGCGGAGAUGUACCACAACCCUAUAUGCCGCCCACCGAACGUCUGAAAGCUGAACACCCCCAAACCGAUUCGAGCUGACCAGUUCCCCGAUCCAAAAUGCUCCGAAGAAAGCCAAGAGGAACAAACUCGACUCAUACCCGUUGAAGCAAAGCCCCAGCAGACUGCGCACCAGGCCACCAGGUAAGUCGAGCUAGACUGGCCUCCUUGUGUCAGGGACUAUGCGCCCCCUCUGGAAACCCUUAGGGCUUGCUGAAUGAUAAAAUUUUUGGUAUAGUCCUCCCACCCACGAAACUUAAACCAAAAUUCAAGCACAGAUAUAUGCCGAUCUACGACCACAGGAGGCAAACCUUUUGCCAAGAGUCAGAAAACAUACCAGAGCAGCACGUCCAACCCGGAACCCCGGACUACCGCCAAGUCCAACCCUGCAAUAGACUGUUCCCGGGCAUCCCAAACCUUACAAUAGACCGUCCAUGUAACUGGGGCCAAAGACGACCUCACAAGUCUCCCAAGCAAGCCAUUCCGAGACUCCACAACUGUAGGCCGGGUAGUGGGGGAACCCCAAACAGGCCCCGCCAUUCGCCCCAACUGAACCUCCUUGAAAAGCUUUUCCUGAACGACCUCCGGAAAUUCCCCCACCGACUCUAAGUUACGAAAGCUUGAAGCAAACUCCCUGUCCCGAAACGGAAUGACGAAACCAUGCGUAAAACUUAAGCGCAACUAUUCCAUCACCCUUAUUACCGUAGAGGCUUAGCCACACUAGCAUCGCAUCUAUUUUAACCGGCAUUUGGCCCUGAGGCAGCAGGUGCCACCCCAGGUGCUGAGGUUCCCCUGCCCCACCGCCUUUCCCUUUUCUGAAACAUCGGUGCAGGCCAUGGGAGCCCCCACAUCCGGAACACUCAUGCUUGUAUUUGCAGGCCGUGCCCCAUUUGCAUUGCCCUUCAUUAAAGAGCCAGCAAAACCCUUUUUUAUGAGGCCGACGUGGGAGACUGACCUCCUGCGCCGGCCACGUGCUGAAAGAGGGACAUCCUCUGAGCUGUCAUAAGCUUCAUCCACAGUGGGAGAUCCAUCUGAUCACACCUCAUCCCCAGAUUAGCCGCCAACCGCUGGCGAAACUGCUAGUCUUAUUUCCACCACGCCAUUCCCCCAUAUGUACGGUAAGCCUCCCAGAUCACAUCCAGGUAGCAGAAUAAAGAGGAGCAGGUCCCUGGGGACUUGUCGCCGAUCAUGCUGGCCAGCAUACAGAACGCCAGUUCCCGAAUGACUUAGGGAUCUUACAUUACCUCUUUCUCUUCUCCUCCUCCUUCUUUUUCGCGUCCUUCUCCUCCUCUUUAAGGUCAACAUAUUCUUCCAAAGGGAGGAGCGCGAAAACUUCUAUGAACUCACCCUUCCAGGUCCUGUCUUUCAUGUCCUGUUUUGAGGUGCACUCCCAAGAGGUCUGCAACGAAACAUACGCGUUCUGGCAUGCGCCCCGCUAACUCCGCCCUCUUGCUCGCCCGAUCCGCCACUGCCACCCCUACAGAUUACCCCCCACCACGACACCCUGCAGUGUUUGCACUGCCCCCUUGGGGGCCCCCGCAGCCGGAGCCCAUAACCGCCCCGCAUCUGACCUAUGUGUACCCCUUUGUCCCAAGUCUCAAUUAGGUGCUGAAUGGAUUGUAACAAAGCAGGUGAAGAUAUAGUAGGGUUCGACUCACCAACCAAGCCCUCCACCAGCGACUGCCUCGGGGCUGCUCCUUGAGGUCCCACCGAACAGGACUGCUCCUCUACUUCUCUCCUUACGCCAACUGGGGAAUCCACCCGGGAAUAUUCGAAAUUUGAUCCACUGUCUGACCUGGAACAAGAAGAAGAAAGCCUGGGCCGGUUGUACUGUUCCGUGCUCCCCUUCCAUGGGCGCACAGUGGUCUCCUCCUGGUGUCCCACCCCCGAUUCUGGCCCUGUUGGCCAUCAAGAGUCUUCAAGGCCCUACUGGCCUUACCCCUGGGACUCCUGCUCCACUCUCGGGCCAACCUGUGCCUAGAUCCAUGCCCCGGAGCCACCGAGCGGAACUGCUGGAUUCUGAAGCCACCCCGGCUGCGUAACCAACACCCCUGGGGGCACCAAACUCGGGCCCCCGACGUGAUCUGCCCAACGUCAGCAGUCGGACCCGAUGCGCGCCGCCGAAUUGCACCCGGGGAUUUGCAACUCCGCAACCUGCCUGGCACCAUGCGCGUUCCUGAUGGGUUCCUAUGCCCCGCCGUCCCAGGGUCCCUAGCCAAAGCGUAACCCCUGCGGUCCGCCCGCUUGCAACGUCUCCUACCAGCCCACCAAGGUGCGGUCUGACUGACCCACCCACUGCCCACUAUCCUGGGCCUGGGCGGCAUCGGCCCAGCCGCCUGACCGUGCUAUCUCAGGACCACCCUGCACAUCCGCCCCAGCGGCACCCCGCACACCCAAGGAGUCCCCUGCACCACCAUCCGUUCUGGCACCAAGCCAGGCCUGCUACGCCCCCCAGCAGCACCCUCCUCGCCCCUGGGGCCUGCUGCCACUGCCUGAUAACUUCCACUUGCCUGCACACUGUCGGGCCAUCAGCUCCUCCAGAGACUGCUCAGCCACCCUGAGAAAGAAAAAAUAAACUUACCAGGCCCAAUCAAUGUAAAACACCAACACAGCCUGGUAAGUCAAAUUAGUAAAAUUGCCAACAUUUAUAUCAGCCCAACCCUUAACCCUAAUCCACCAAUCACCAUCAGGCUCCCCCUAAGUCCGCCUUCAAGCCCUGUCAAGGCCCCCUCUGCUAAGCUGCGCUUUCUUCUUGGGGCUACAUUCUCACUGCUCAAUAAUUCUCUGCCAUUUAGGAGUUAAAUCACUUUGUUCAUGCAGCCCUAGCUAUAACUCCCUGCAUGUAACUCAGUCUUCCAAAUGCUUCUUGUAAAUGGAGAUCUAAUGUUUAAAGCUGUUCAAUUUAGAAUUUCUUAGAAUUGCUAGAAGGAGCCUUCUGCAGGGCCAGAUUAACAGCCCAGUGGGCCUGGUGCUGACAAUUAAGACGGGCCUAAUUAAAGAAUCAUAUCGACCAAAAAUACUAAAACAAUUCCAAGCGUCAUGUAUCUGAUGGAGAUGGUGCUGGAGAGAAAGAAAACAGCAGCUAUAAGAAAACACAUACCCUAUGCUUAUCUCCCUCUAACUUAUGUUUUCAUCUUUCAAGUAAAUCCAUAACCCAUAACAGCAGUGUCCAGACAAGCAGGAAGUCAAUGGGCACGGUAAAAGGGUGUGCCACUGACACAAAUCACGUAACCUGCCAAAAGGGGCAAACAUGCCCAAAAAAAGGACAUGUCUGCCCAAAGAAUUUGAAGGCCAGCCUGGCAUGAAUGCAUGUCAGACUGCCUGACAAUCAUGCAGCUGGCCAACUAAGGGCAUACUAUGCAGACAGCACCCUGAGCUUGGCAUAAAUGCAUCUAAUGCUGCGCUUGCUCAGCGCUUUCUAAAGGACUGUCCCCUAGCACUCGCUGGUCCACUUGUCUCCUUACCUUCUUACUAGCAGGCAGACGCUCCUGGUAUAUAGUCUGGGACAGAGAAAAGCUGUAUGUAGUGAGUGUAGAAGAAAAGGAACAUGCCACAGUGUUAGAGAGACCAAAGUCAGCAUUACCUUAAAGGAUCACUAUAGGGUCAGGAACACAAACAUGAAUUCCUGACCCUAUAGUGUUAAAACCACCAUCUAACCCCCCUGGGCCCCUCAUGCCUCCAUAAAUAUAGCAAUUAUUUAUAUAUUUAUAAAUUACUAUAUUCAAGCCUGAAGCUGUAACUCUGCAUGCUGUUAGACUCAGAAAAACAAGCAGUCUGCUGACAUCAUUAGAAGUGGUGGCCUGAUCCAAUCACAGUGCUUCCCCAUAGGAUUGGCUGAGACUGACAAAACGGCAGAUCAGGGGCAGAACCAGCAUGAUUCAAACACAGCCCUGGCCAAUCAGCAUCUCCUCAUAGAGAUGAAUUGAAUAAAUGAAUCUCUAUGAGGAAAGUUCAGUGUCUGCAUGCAGAGGGAGGAGACACUGAAUGUUUGGAUGCAUUUUAAGCAGCCAUGACCCAGGAAGGAUCUCUAACAGCCAUCCAAGGAGUGGCCAGUGAAGUUAUCACUAGGCUGUAAUGUAAAGACUGCAUUUUCUCUGAAAAGACAGUAUUUACAGCAAAAAGCCUGAAGGUAAUGAUUCUACUAACCAGAACAAAUUCAAUAAGCUGCAGUUGUUCUUGUGACUAUAGUGUCCCUUUAACUAUAUUCAUUGUCAGCCAGUCCACACAAGUUUUGUUCCCAUACAUCCCUCUUAAGUUUCCAUACUUAAGUAAGAGUAUGUGAAAAGUAGUUAGGGUUGCCACCUUUCUUGGAAAAACAUACCGGCCUUACUAAUUUGCAUAAUUAAAUAUGUAUGGGUGACAUCACAUGAUGUAAAUCACAAGGAGUGACAUAAGAGAAAAUGCUGUAAAGUCACCAAAAAACUACUUAGUUUGAUUAUGCUGUAUAGAUGGAUUCCUCCCAGUGCCCCCAUGUAUCGAUUACUCCAGGUCUCAGCGUUCCUAUGUAUCAGUGUCUCAGUGCCCCAUGUCUCCCAGUGUCCCCUAGUGUCGUGUCCCCAGGUCUCCCAGUGACCCUAUGUAUCACAGUGUCCCUAUGUAUCACAGUGUCUCAAUGCCCCAUGUCUCCCUGUGUCCUCCAGUAUUCCCAUGUGCCUAUGUCCCCAUGUAUGUGUCACUAGGACACUAGGAAGACGGGGAGACCUAGGGACACAGAGACACCGGUGACACUGGGAAAAUAGGGGAAACUUGAAGACAUGGGGACACAGACACUAGAGACACUGGCUGGGGGACAUGGGGACAUUGAGACAUGGGGACACUGGGAGACAUGGGGACACUGAGACACCACGACCACAGACACUAGGGACACUAGCUUGGAGACAUGGGGACAUUGAGACACUUAAAGCACUGGGAGACAUGGAGGCACUAGGAGACAUGGGGACAGUGAGACACUGGGAGACUAGGGGGCACUGGGAGACUAGGGGGCACUGAGACACCAGGGACACUGGCUGGGAGACAUGGGGACACUGGGAGACAUGGGGACACUGUGUCCCCAUGUGUCUGUGUCAUAAUGUCUCUCAAUGUCCCUUAGUGUCUCAGUGUAUGUCUCCUUGCAGCCUUUCCCACCAUCCCUUACUUCCCUGAGCUGUAGGCUGUCUCUGCAUGGUGGGAGUUGCUGCCUGGACUCUCUGUAGCUGCACCCCUGCAGAUCAGUGAGUAUAGAUAGGCAGGGAGGGAUAUGCUGGAACUUCCUAUCCCUGGCUGUCUCCACACACAGCGACCCCUACUGGCAAGUGCUGGUAUUGCAUAGUAAUCUCUUGUUUAUACUGAGAAAAAUACCAGCAUUUGUAUUGCCAGUAUCACUGUAAUAUUGGCACCAGCCAGGCAGCCUCAAAUACUGGCUGUGCCAAUAAAAUAAAAGCCUGGUGGAAUCCCUAAGAGUAGUGUGUGAAAAAAAAAUGUUUUAAAAAAAAUAUAUAUAUAUUAUUUUUUUAAAUCAUGGGCCUGGGCCUGGGCCUGGAGCUGCAGCUCCAUCAGCCCCUAUGUUAAUCCGGCCCUGGCCUUCUGUGUGUUAAUAAAGUUAAGUUCACAGUACAGGAAAUAAAAACUUCUAAAGUUAGUUUUAGACCUGAUAGAAAAUUAAAUAAUUUUAUAUUUUCUGGGUGCUAAUCUGCUAAAUAGUACAUUUUGGGGCAUGCACUUGAUAUCUGAGAGUCAAAUAGAAGCAUCUAAUAGUGUGCUUACAACACUGUGGUAAAUAUUCUAAUUUUCUGGGUGCUAAUCUGCUAAAUAGUACAUUUGCAGACAGCACUUCAUAUCUGAGAGUCAAAUAGAAGCGUCUAAUAGUGUGCUUACAGCGCAAUUGUAAACAUUCUAAUUGUUUUGGUGCUAAACUGCUAAAUAGUACAUUUUGUGGCCUGCUCUUCAUAUCUGAGAGUCAAAUAGAAGCGUCAAAUAGCGCGCUUACUGCGCAGUGGUAAACAUUCUUAUUUUCUGGGUGCUAAUCUGCUAAAUAGUACAUUUGCGGAGUGCACUUCAUAUCUGAGAAUGAUGACGAAACACAGGUGCCAACUGCUGUGGCUUUCGGCAGUGUGCAGACCGGCAAGGAGGGCAGGGUUGAGGAGUGGGUGGAAGAUGAUGUGGAGGAUGAUUAGGUCCUAGACCCCACAUGGAAUCAAGGUCAUGCGAGUGACGUGUCCAGUUUGGAGGAAGAGGCGGUGGUCGCACAGAGGCACCAGCACAGCAUAAGAGGGAACAGGGUGCAAAAGCGAAGCGGCCGUCCCCUAGACGGUACGCCUGUUACUGCCCACUGCACCCAGGGACCGAGCACACCAAAGCCAGCUCCAAGGAGUUCCCUGGUGUGGCAGUUCUUCAGACAAUGUGCUGACGACAAGACAUGAGUGGUUUGCACGCUGUGCAAUCAAAGCCUGAAGCGAGGCAUAAACGUGCUAAACCUGAGCACAACCUGCAUGACCAGGCAUCUACAUGCAAAGUACGAGCUGCAGUGGAGUAAGCACAUCAAAAACCAAGAAAGGUGGUCUCGGCCUCUUCCUCCACCUCUGGAGUGACAGUGGCACCUGCCACCCUGCAAACAGAGGUUGUCCACGUCUGCCACCGUCCCCAAGCAUCUCCACACUGUCCCAUGGAAGCGUUCAGCUGUCCAUCUCCCAAACACUGGAGAGAAAGAGGAAGUACGCCCCUACCCACCCGCGAUCCUUGGCCCUGAAUGCCAGCAAUUCAAAAUUUGUGGCCUUUGAAAUGCUGUCAUUCCAUCUGGUGGAGACGGACAGUUUUAAAAACCUGAUGGCGGUGGCUGUGGUUCCCAGAUGCCAAUACUUCUCCAGAUGAGCCAUCCCUUCCAUGCACAACCAAUGGCGGACAAAAUCAGGUGUGCACUGCGCAACUUCAUCAGUGGCAAGGUCCACAUAACCACAGAUACAAAAAACGAAAAAAAUCUACAAUACAAUAAUAACAGAGAAGAACAUAGUGCAAUAAUGUUACAAAAAGUUCUAAAAAAUAAGUAUGAUAUAAUAGUUACACUCACAAACCAAAAUUGAUUGUAGGUGUAUCAUCAAUAUAAUAGAAGAACUCAGAAUUCGCAGGACAUCAUGGCAAAUAUAGAGGGGAAGAAAAGAAUAAUCAUAGUGCAGAGUAUCUCAAUAAAAAUAAAUACUUUAAUAAAGAUGCACUUACAAAAUAGAAGUGGAAUACAGGCACAUCAUAUAAUGUAGUUUCAGUCACAGGAUCCCAAUAAUGGAGCACCGGAGAGAACAACAGUAAUGACAAAAAUAGCACGUAAAAUAAAAAUAAAUACAAUAAAAUAGAAUAAAAUAAAACUCUGCACUAACAACAAUAGCCCUACGCGUUUCAUUCAAUUAAAUGAACUUCCUCAGGGGCAAAUAAAAAAUCCCUCUAGCCAGGAUAAAUGUCCUUACACUCUGAGUCUUCUUUUAAACUGUCCGAAGAUCUUCAAUCUCGGCGCGCAAAGCCACCUGCAGCGAACUUCCGGAUUCCUCGUGGUAAAGACUUCCGGGUGUCACAUUCCCGGAAAUGCGGUUCAAGCCUCACUUUCGAAGUGAGGCUAAACAUGAUGACGUGAAAACUUGCGUUCCAUUCGGCGGUUUUGCGUUCCACCAUAGAGACGGAAAAAUUACAAUGAGAAUAUACAUAAAAGAAAUGUAUCUUGUAUCAUUAUCAAUUGAUCUUACUCAUAAACUAUCAUUUAACAUGACUUUCACCCAAAAGAAAAAUAUAAUAAUAAAAAAAAGUAUAAAUACCAAAUAAUAAUAGAAAAAUAAUAAAAAAGUAUAAUAAUAAAAAAAAAAUAUUAUCAAAAAUAUUAAAACUAGAUUAAAAUAAUAUUGCACAAAAACCCCUAAAGAAAGCAAACUAAAUCAAAAUCUACAUUAAGUCCCCUAGGUUGCAUAGUUUGUAGGGUGUGGAUCCAAUAGCCCUCUCUCUUUCUCAACAAUAACCCAAGAUCACCACCUCUCUCAUCUAGAGCUACUUGUUCAAUGAUAAUACAUUGAAGGGUGUUAAAAUUAAAAGAAGGACAUUUAUUGCAAUGUACUGGCACCGAAUGUGUUAACAUGUGUUUUUUAAUAUUGUUUCUGUGCUCUUGAAAUCUAAUUUUAGCUUUUCUGCCUGUUCUCCCCACAUACUGCAACCCGCAUCCACAUGUGAGAAGGUAUACGAUAUGGGUUGAGGAACAGGAAACUAAACUUUUUAUUUUAAAUGUCUUUUUAGUUUGAGUACUACUAAAAUUAGUAACAGUUGUAUGUUGAUGAUUGCAACUGACACAGUUCCCACAUGUAACAAAACCUUCUUUCAUUUUGACUCUUUUAUUCCCUGAUCGAAAAGUACUGGGUGCAAGAAUUUGUUUAAAAUUCACUCCCUUCCUAAAGAUGAUCUUAGGAACUUGAGGGAUCUGGGUAUUUAAAUUGUCGUCUUCAAUAAGCAACCCCCAAUGUUUCCUAAUGAUCUUCUUUAUAUCAAAAGCCCUAGAACUAUAUUGGGUAUUAAAGGAGAAAUCAAACAUGGGGUUUCUGAUAUUCAUUUUAUUUCUAUCCACCAAAAGGUCAUAUCUAUUAAUAUUUCCCACUCUCUUGAUUUCAGCGUCCAGAAGUUCCGGAUUGUAACCUUUUUCCAAAAAACGACUUUUCAAGAUAGUCGCUUGAAAAUAAAAUAAAUCCAGAUCACUACAGUUUCUACGCAUCCUAAUGAACUGGCUCUUGGGAACUCCCUUGAGCCAGUUCGAAUGGUGUCCACUUGUAGUGUCAAUAAAACUAUUCGUAUCGGUAGUUUUGAAAAAGGUUUUGGUCUUAAUAACUCCAUUUUCAAUGAAAAUGGAUAAAUCAAAAAAGUCUAUACUAGAGAUGCCCACCUGAGGGGUAAAAACUAAAGAUAAAGAAUUAAGGUUGAUGUACCUAAAGAAACUCUCUAAUUCAUCCAAAGGGCCGUGCCAGACGACCAGAAUGUCGUCAAUAUAGCGCCUCCAGAGCACCAAGUUUGCACCAUAAGGGUUAUUGGACCAAAUUGACAAUCUCUCCCAAUAAUCCAUAAAUAUGUUGGCAUAAAUAGGUGCAAACUUGGUGCCCAUCGCCGUGCCCUUUGUCUGAAGAAAAAAAUCCUCAUUAAAACUAAAAAUGUUGUGAGUUAAAAUAAACAGAAUGGCAUCUUCCAAAAAAGAACAAAAUAUGGGUGUAAGAUCAAUGUCAUUUUCCAGAUUAUUCUUAACUGCCUCAACACCGAGAUCAUGGUCAAUAACGGUGUAGAGAGAAGUCACAUCAAGGGUAGCCCAGAUAUAUCCAUCCAGCCACUCGAUAGAUUCUAACUCCUGGAUCAGAUGUUUUGUAUCUCUGAGGUAUGAAGUCGCUCUCUGAGCAUACUUUUGUAAAUAAAAGUCAAUAUACUCAGAGAGCUAUACCGCUAAUAAUCGGCCUACCAGGUGUGUAUUCUUUACAUUUGUGGAUUUUGGGAAGGAAAUAUAGAGUGGGUACCUAAGGAAAUUCCGAAAAAAUGAAGGAAUAAAUAGAUUCAUCUAGAGCGCCUGGCAAUUUAGCAUUAUUUAGAAGUACUUUUAAUUCUUGAUUGAACUUAAAAUUUGGAUUAUAAAUUAACUUCUUAUAGGUAAGGUGGUCGUUGAGUAAUCUAUAGAUCUGUCACAUAAUAUUCAAUUGACAUAAUGACAACACCUCCUCCCUUAUCUGCGCUCUUGAUGGUCAACUCUUUUCUUUUUCUCAGGUUAGUUAAGAUUUUACUUUCUAUAUUAGUAAGAUUUUUAUGUUUAGAUUCCCUAAUUGUUUUUUAGGAUUCUUUCCUAUCCACUGCCCACUAAGUGUGUGUUUUUGCCACGUUUUUGGUGUAUCUGUACAGUUGUAUAACCACAGAUACGUGGACCAGUAAGCACGGGCAGCAACGCUAUAUCUCCCUAACUGCACAUUGGGCAAAUGUAGUGGCGGCUGGGCCUGAUGCGGAUAGCAGUUUGGCGCAUGUCCUUCUGCCACCGAGGAUUGCGGGGCAUUUCUCCUUGCCUCCUGUCGCCUCCUACUCUACUUCCUCCUCCUCUACCACCACCUCAUCCGUGCAGCGUAACACCUUCACCACCAGCAGGCCAUUUUAAAUGGAUAUAUUUGGGGGGGAAAACCCACACUGCGCAGGAGCUGUGGACGGGCAUGGAACAACAGACCGAUGAGUGGUUGUUGCCACUGAGCCUCAAGCCUGGCCUGAUGGUGUGCGACAAUGGGCGAAAUCUCGUGGCAGCUCUGGGCCUAGCCGGUUUGCCGCACAUCCCUUGCCUGGCGCAUGUGCUGAAUUUGGUGGUGCAGAAAUUCCUGAAAAACUACCCAGAUAUAUCAGAGCUGCUGCAGAAAGUGCGGGCCGUCUGUGCGCGCUUUUGGCGUUCUCACCCUGCUGCUGCUCGCCUGUCUGUGCUGCAGCGUAACUUUGGCCUUCCCGCUCACCGCCUCAUAUGCGACGUGCCCACAAGGUGGAACUCCACCUUGCACAUGCUGCUGAGACUGUGUGGAGGAGGAAGAGGCGGGGUCAUUUCCACGGUUAUCAGGCCAGUCAUUCACAAGUCGCUUGCAGGGUUGGUUCCUGCACCAGCAUAGGCCAGGUACACAAUACAGCCAGGGCACAGUUCUGGAGGAUGAGGAGGAGGAUGAUGAUGAGGAGGAACCAUGUUCACAGGAGGGUGGCACACAACGCAGCUCGUGGGCAUCACUGGAGCGUGGCUGGGGGGGGAUACAGAGGACACAGACGAUACACCUCCCACAGAGGACAGCUUGUCCUUGCCUCUGGGCAACUUGGCACACAUGAGCGACUACAUGCUGCAGUGCCUGCGGAACGACUGCUGAGUUGCCCAAAUUCUAACUUGUUCUGAUUACUGGGUGGCCACCCUGCUGGAUCCCCGUUACAAGGACAACGUGCCAUCCUUAAUUUCCUCACUGGAGCGUGAUCGGAAGAUGCGUGACUACAAGCGCACGCUGAUAGACGCGCUGCUGAGGGCAUUCCCAACUGACACCGGGGGCUCAGUGGAUGCACAAGGCAAAGGCAGAGGAGGAGGAAAAGGUCACCAACGCAGCUGGGGCACUGCCAGCACCUCAGAAGGCAGGGUUAGCAUGGCUGAAAUGUUGAAAAGCUUUGUCACCACAACAACCAGCACCACCAUCUGAUAUGGAACGUCUUAGCAGGAGGCAGCAUUUCAGCAACAUGGUGGAACAGUACGUGUGCACACGCCUACAUGUACUGACUGAUGGGUCUGCCCCAUUCAACUUCUGGGUCUCCAGAUUGGGCACAUGGCCUGAGCUUGCCCUUUAUGUCUUUGAGGUGCUUGCCUGCCCUGCAGCCAGUGUAUUGUCUGAUAGUGUGUUUAGCACGGCAGUGGGCGUAAUCACAGACAAGCGCAGCCGCCUGUCCACAGCCAACGUGGACAAGCUCACAUUUAUUAAAAUGAACCAGGCAUGGAUCCCACCAGACUUGUCUGUACCUUGUGCAGAAUAAACAUUUAUACCGGCCUCACCCAGACAUUGUUAUACUUAAGUGCACUUAUUCUUUUUCUUUUUUUAUAUGUCCCAAUAUUUUGGGGGCUACCCCAAUUAAAAAACCAAAUAAAAAAAACAGUGUUGGCUACCACCUCCUCCUCCUCCACAGCUGCUUCCACCUACACCGCCACGGUCACCGCCUCCUCAACAUAAGGGUCACUUAGAAGGGGCGUGGCCUGACCGGGCACGGAGCUGGACGUGUGUGAGUAGAGCUCCGUGCCAGCGACGCUGAUAUAAAGCAAUCUACAGCAACUUUCCAUGAGCGGCACCGAGCACAGACCACCCAUGGACAAACGACAAACUAAAAAACCCCAGAAGAAGGGGACUGACCAGGGGACCACGGUCCCGGAGCUCUUUGCGACCCAGAAGGCGGUGAUGCCGGAGGCACAAAAUGGCGCCGAAGAUUCCUGCAGCCUGGCAUCCAGACCUCCACGUGCAGCGGGGACAGAGGAGCUCGGGAUAAAAGACAUACGGGUGAUGGAUGACCUCACGGCUAGGGUCAGGGGCACCACCAAGACCUUUCAAAAGGUGUGGGAGCCAUGGGUCGGGUCCCGGUGGGGCGACAGUGGAGGGAGGAGCGUAACAUAGCGAAAUAGACCGAGGUGGGUGUAGAGGAUUGGGGAGGGGGCGGGGGGACUGCGGGGCGGCCUCCGAGUGGGGAGGUGGGGAGUUUUUUUUUCGUGCCCCCUCCUCCCCCCUCCUCCUUCUGCCUCUCGGCCUCCUGUGCCCGGGCCCUGGGCCGCCUCUUACUUCUAUCCUUUCUCUUUUUUCUUCUUCUUUCUCUAAACCCCUCUCUAGGGAACAAGACUAGAAGAGAGUGCCAAAAGCACACAACACAUGCACCAGACAGAGGCAGGACAGGGGAGUGCAGUGGGAUGGGAUUGGAUCCAGCAGUCGUGCGGGUAGACAGGCAAUAGACAUAACAACCCGACAGAUAUGCACUCGAAGGCGUGAAAAUACACUAGCGGUGCGAAAAAGAGAUACGAGGGCACACACAACAGGGUACAUAAGAAAACCGUGCUUAGACAUGGUAAAAACCGUGAUGGACGGUGACAUAUAGCCACAGAUCAAUCACACAUACAUGCACAACCUCAGGGUCGGAAAUGUGAUUUGCAUAUACAGUUGUACAGGGGCUUCUGCGCAACCCGAAUUGCAAUUUCUAUGCCACUGUUCCUCUAAUGUAAAAAUAAAGAAUUAAAAAAAAAAUAUAUAUGGGUCACUUAGUAUAAACUAGGUAUCCUCCUGACAGCCAUGCUUUAGAUUUUGCUUUAUGUUCUUCCAAAUCUAAAAUCAAAGAUUCCAUCUAGUGCUAUUUUAUGGCUCAGCUGUAUUUUUGAUUUUUAUGUUAUUUUAUGUGAUUUCCCUAUGCACAUUUGUUUGCAGGGCACUUAUCCUACUCUUACCCCCAUUUUACUUCCUUUUUCAGCUCUCUAGCCCUUUCCAGGAGUUUUUUAGAGGCAUUUUUGUGGCCAAAAGUUCGGGUCCCUAUUGACUUCAAUGGGGUUCAGGUUCGGGGUCAAGUUCGAGCCCAAAUCCGGACUUUUUUUCAAAGUUCCGCCGAACCCGAACAUCCAGGUGUCCGCUCAACUCUACUAAAAGGGUUUUUCAUUCUUGAGCCCAUAUGGGUUUAAUCACAAUGUGUAAACCACUAAAAAUACUAUAAAACAUCUCUGUGUGCAAAUAUCAACUGGAUCUAUAACAAAACAAUUAAUAUAUGUGGAUAAAAUUGUGGAUAAGUGUAAAGCUGUAGGAUCUAUAUAAUAAGAGAGAACGUAAUUCUGCAAAAUAUAAUAUAGCUGCUAUGUGUAGUGAAAGUCUGGUAGCAAACAGAAGAAUACAAUGUGGCAAAAAUUACUCCGUUUACUGUUUAGACACUUACAGCAACACUGUCACCCCCCCACCCCCUUAAAAUGAGUAUGAAAUACUCAUAUUGACUGUGUUGCAAUUUUACAGUUGCCUGGUAUACACCUCCCUCCUUCCCUUAUGACAGCCAUGUCUCACUAUUACCCUCCCUAAUCCCACCUAUCUCCCUAAUUACACCUUCUUUGAUUUCCCUUCAUGUAUCCCUUCUUCUAUGCUUCCGUAGCCAUAGCCCAGCCCACUAUCACACCCUCAUUUAAAGCCAAAUCUGAUGACACAUGGCAGCAGAACAGAUUGGGAGAGAAGUUGGCCAUGCGUUGGAUUCAAGGUAAGUUUUUAGAUAUUUUUUUUUCCAAAAACAAUGAGGUGGGUAAUGUCUAAGAACUGCAAAAUGAUGCAAAAGAAAGGAAUUUUUUUUAAAACUGUUUAAAUGAUUGCAGAAACCCCUUAAGCUUGAUUUAACCAGCUCCCAGAAAAUAGCCUUUUAUUAUAGUCUGCUAUAGAAAUGCAGUGUAAACUUGGGGAAAACACACAAACAUGUUUUGUGCUGCUAUGGUACUUCCUUGGAGACUAAGGACAUACCCUUAUGGCACAAAAUGCAUUAGCGUUACUUUCCCAGCGUAUGUCCCCCUGUCUGUAUUACAUUUUGUUUAACAGACUGAUCAGAAAUCUAUUUGUAUUAUACUGAAAGUAGUCCUGUGUUUGUCCUGCCAUUAAACAGACAUUAAACAUGUUAUUUCCAGAGAAGUGACAAUACAACUUCAGUUAUGUUUGAUGAAUUCACACGUUGACAAUAUGAUAGGCCUUUUGGAUAAUAGGAACUAAUAUCAUGACAAAAUUGGGUUGCAAAGUUAUGGGUUAAUCUUUAACCUGUCCUGGUCUCUUUAUAGUUAUACAGAUUGAAAGUCCCUAGGUGUUUUUUUUUUGUUUGUUUGUUUUUGAGAAUUCACAGUGAAUUUCGAAUACAUUUUACAGCAAUGUAGCCUAGCUGAAAGCAUAGCCGACGAAGAAGAUUUUGGUUUGAAAAUGUAAAUUAAAUUCACUCUCAAAGGAAAACUAUAGGCAACCACAUCACUUCAUCUAAUUGAAGUGGUCUGGGUGCAGUACCCCUAACCCCUUAACCCUGCAAGUGACAGCAUUGCAAUUUUCCAGAUAGCCACUUGCUCAAUUCACUCAGAAUUUAACCCCAUGAAACGACGUUGGAUGUCCUCACGCUGUACAGAACAGCAUCUGCAAAAUCUUCAAUUUUGCAAGCGCAUUACGUUCCAAGCUCUGAAUUUUGAGAAAGAGUAGGGUGAUCCAUCACCAAGGGAUAUCAGCGCUUGAAACAGGUAAGUGGAAAAUUGAUUUUAACCCUUUAAUUGCCAUCGGGGUGGAGGCAGAGGCAAACUAGUAUUAGGAAUACAGUUUUGUAUUCCUAACACUAUAGUGUUAAUAAAAUUCCUGACAGUUCACACUUCAUUAAAUAACCUUGCCUUUCUUCUACCAGUAUUUUGCACAGUUAUGUCUAAUUAAUUUUGCUCAAAAUGUGUGCUUAUGUGCAGGAAUGAAUGCCUCUAAUUAUUGUUCUGUAUUAUAGGUUUCUACAAGAUCUUGGCUUUUCCUCUGAAGAAGUAUUUGUUUUCAAAGAAUAAAUCUGUUCUUCCACAAACUACACUUAACAAAGUGACCUAGUCAACCGCAUCAGAUUUUGUCUAUGCAUUUACUGUGGUGUUUGGUUGUAUAUGAGGAGAACCUUUGGCCCAGCUCCUAGCAAUAUCUUAUUCUGCAUUUUAUAAGUAAUAUAAAUUAUGGAGUUUGAUGUCAAUUCUGAAUACCUGUUUUUGUACAUUGUAAUAGCCUUUAUUUCAAAAUAAAAAACGUUAUUUCUCAGUCUCAA